CGACGCGCAUGCGCAAGUGGAGACGGCGCGCCGGAGGCUGGACUUGAGGGAAGGAGGCGCGGCGCACGCAGCAUGGCAUCCAACAUCUACAUGGUUCACCAGCGGGUCAGCCGGCUUGGCCAGAGGAUGUCCUCCUUCCAGCUCAACCUCAACCCGCUCAAGGAGCCGCUGGGCUUCAUCAAGGUUCUCGAGUGGGUUGCUUCUAUCUUUGCUUUUGCCACCUGUGGUGGCUAUAAGGGCAAAACAGAAAUUCUAGUGUCAUGUCAGAAACAUCCUGAAAAUAAAACAGUUACUGCUGCUUUUGGUUAUCCUUUCAGGUUGAAUCAAGCAUCGUUUGACGCACCUUUAGAACUAAAUGUGUGUGCUGUAAAGUGGGAUCAGCAUGUCCUUAUUGGAGAUUACUCUUCUUCUGCACAAUUCUAUGUUACAUUUGCAGUCUUUGUUUUCCUGUACUGCACUGCUGCUCUUGUGCUCUAUGUCGGUUAUAUGAACCUGUAUCGAGAUAGUCGAAAACUUCCCAUGGCUGACUUCGUUGUUACUCUUGUUGCCACUUUUUUGUGGUUGGUGAGCACUUCAGCCUGGGCUAAAGCUCUUACAGAUAUUAAAAUAGCUACCAGUUACAGAAUCAUCCAGGAACUUAAGCCCUGUACUAGUCAAGUCACGUGUCACUUUGUCUCUGUGACUAGUAUGGGAUCUCUAAAUGUAUCUGUGAUCUUUGGUUUCCUGAACAUGAUACUUUGGGGAGGAAAUGCAUGGUUUGUGUACAAAGAGACCAGCUUACACAGUCCAUCUAAUACUGCUUCCCAUAACCAAGGAGGCAUGCCACCUCCUGCCGGAAUAUAAUUUAAGGGAGAAAUACACUGGAUGAAAAAUACUUCAUACUAUGACCUGGUGCCAACAUCUUGAGAACCAUUAUCUGUUUCUAAUAAAGUAAUGGCUUUUUCAAUAAAUUGCAGGUUUAAAAUUUUGCUGCUUUUUUACAUAAAGCCUAUGCCUUUCUUAGAAAUUUAAGAUGUAAAUGUAUCUACAGUGUAAAUUUUAAGAUUCAGGGGCCUAUUAUGAGAUCAGACACAUUUUUAAAUGAACAUUUAUUUCUUCACUAAGUUGUUUGCCUUCCAAGUUGUUUACACCUUAAGCCUUAACAUUUAUCUUCACUCAGAAAAAAAUGAUACUGUCAUCAUAAUAGGAAGAAAAUCUCUUUUUGGAAUAUACACUACUGUAAGUUUGUAUAGAUCAUAUACCUAAGACCUAUCUACUUUUAAGAGAAGCUUCAUGAUAUAAGUCAUAUUUAGAAAAAGCAUGUUUAGUUCAGAAUUUAUCUGAUACAUUUUAAUUAAUUAAUUAAUUGCAAAGACUGAGUUAUAAGAACUGUUUUUCUAAAUGACCUACAGUACCAAUUGGUGUAUUAAAAUUAGGGAGCAGAAUUUGGAAAUUUCUAAUGGAUGUAUAGUUGAUUUAGUAAUUCUGUCAUAUGAGGUGUAAGUAUCCAUUAUGUUGCUUGGUUAGUAGACUUGCUAUAGAACAGUUCAUCUAAAUAUUUUGAUGUGUAUGGGCAUUACUCUUAGUGAUAUUUGUUUGCUGUCCUUUGUUGCUUAGGCCAUUUAAGUACAGACUGAGACUUAGUCUUCUUCCAAGUAGAAUAAAAUGACACACCUUUGGUGUGUGUGUGUGUGGGGGGGGGUAAAUCCUAUUUAUAGGGUUGAAAAAAAGUAAUAAUUUUUUUAAAACAUUUAAUUUGAAUGAAGUUGCUAUUUUGAGUUUUGUGUUGAUAUUGUGAAAAUGAAUGAGAAUUAGAUUUCAUGUUUCUUAAUACUCAUUCUUCACAAAUGGAUGGUUAAGGAAUUAUGCAUUGUAAACAAGAAACCUGAGAUCUGUAUUAAUAAGGUGCACACAUUUGGGUAUAUUUUGAAUAGAAAGUUUAUUCAUAUUUUACUUUUUUCUGUUGUACAAGAUUUUCCUAUUACAAUAUGGUUGUAUGUGAAACACAUCUUGCUGUUGCUUUAUUUUUGUUUGCUUUUGGUCAUGACAAUUGUCAGUAUAAGAAUGUAUAUCUUUUAUUCAGCUGACACAAUAAAGAAGUUAAAAGAAA